GAGGUCAGUGAAGGGAUUGGCAGAGAGGGGUGGAGGACACUGAGUGGAGGCCAGUGGAGGGAUUGGCAGAAUUGGCAGAGAGGGGUGGAGGACACUGAAUGGAGGCCAGUGGAGGGAUUGGCAGAGGGGGGUGGAGGGACACUGAAUGGAGGCCAGUGGAGGGAUUGGCAGAGGGGGUGGGGAGGACACUGAGUGGAGGCCAGUGGAGGGAUUGGCGGAGGGGGGUGGAGGACACUGAGUGGAGGCCAGUGGAGGGAUUGGCGGAGGGGGGUGGAGGACACUGAGUGGAGGCCAGUGGAGGGAUUGGCAGAGGGGGGGUGGAGGACACUGAGUGGAGGCCAG